GACUGCUGUAUUUGUUCAAGGCUGUCCCCAGAAGAAGUCUGGCUCCCCAAAAAUAAAGCUAUUCAUCAAAUGAAGCUUUCGUCGUCGAAGAUGACUUGUUGUCGCUUCAAAUAUCAACUUUUAUCUGCUGAGGUCAUGAUACUCCAUCACUCUGAGACAGUAGUCUCAAACAACAAAUGGAUUUUACACUUACAACUCUAUUUGCACCGGCGGAUACAUUAGUUAUGACUGCUGUAAUUGGAUAUUAUACUGGGGACAUUAAACUUAUCAACUGUAACUGCAUUAGUUACCAAGGUCACCAUGCUCUUUCAGUCUCUAUUACAGCAGGGACUAGCCUUUGACUAGACAGAUUGUCUACACAGAGGAAAGUUGGUGCAAAUACAACAUAUUAUUCCAAAGAAUGACACAUAGUCACAAUAAACAAAACAAUACAAACUGUACAUUAACAGAAAGCACAAAAAGCAAAAUAUGUUUUAUAGUGGAGCCUCAGCUGUCCUUAUCUGAACAUGAUUAAUCUAUGGGGAGCUAGAAUGUGUUCAGCAAAGUUCAUAUCAAACUGUCAGUUAGAUACUUUGUAUGCAAAGUCUGGCCUGAGGCGCUAGAGAAAAGCUUUGCUGGUAUAAUCAUUAGCAUUAGGAUUUAUCCUCUGGGGACCAUAAAUAUCCUUAGCAGAUUCAUGAAAACCUGACCAUCAGUGUCCUAUAUUUUGUGUACAAAUCAAAAUCAACAAAUAAUACAAUAUUUUUAUGAUAAAACAUAGUUUAGUAGUAAAAUAAAAAACACUUUGAAUACUGAUAUCUUUAAAUCAAGGCAUGUGUCCAUUUAGAGGGCUGCAUCUGUGAUGUAGAUGUGAUAUUUUUUGUGUAAAAGUAGUAAUUUUGGCCUGAUGGUGGCACAAGAAGAAACCUCAGGGAGUCUUAAAAAUCAUUAUAUAUCAUCCUCUGGGGACCUUGAAUAUUCUCCCAAAUUAGUGUUGGUUAACCGUAAAGUAACAAUGGACAAAAGGUCAGGGAAGUUCUAAGGACCGGGUUAUGCUAGAAGUAGUUUGUGUAACGUGUUGUCCGACCACGUCAGAAGGCAAAAGUGUUUACACCUGUUCCGGACUGCCAAACUCGAAGGCGGAGUAAAAGGCUGGCUGUUUUAGAGAUGGUUCGAGACACAAUAUUGUUUAAAUAUGGGUUUAACAGUGCACAUUUUCAGACAGUCCUGGAAGUCAUUCAUAGUGUUACACUUGGUUGUACACAAGAAAAGCUUGAGAGAGGCUGUACGACCAUCAGACAACCAGUUCAGUAAACCUGGACAGAAAAGGCUGGACAAGACGACAUCAUGAAGAUUUUCUGGUUUUGAUGAAAACAUGACUCCAGAGCAGGCAUUUCGUGAAUACCUCUGUCUCUCCUACCCAGGCAGUUAAAAACCAAUGUUCCCUGGAUGGGUUUGGCAGAUUAAAACUAGCUUUUCUCCAAUCCACUUAUGGAAGUCCACCUCGUGCUACCCUCAUAGUUGGACGUCACCACUGUCACUCUCUGCAGACUGCUGCUCUGUGGGGACUGCUGAUGAGAAGAAGCAGGGCCGGUCAGUUUGUAUUAGAGAGGAGGACAGAGCUGAGUCAGUGGCCAUUAAAGACGGAAGGAUCUCCCGGCUGCUAUUGAUUACCGGCACACCUGAUCAUCAUCAGCAUCAUCAACCACCGCAGUUAUCUACCGGGCUCAUCCACACUUCCAGCGCCAGAUCGUCUUCGUACUCCAACCUCUGUGCUGCCGGUGAUCACUUCCCUGUGCCACGGCCAUCGGACUCUAGUCUCAGUCUCAGCGUGUCUUCACCCGAUCAGCCCAGCCUUCAACCACGCCAGCCAGUCCAGAACCCGCUUCCCUGGUCUCCGCUCAACGCACCACUCUCCAGCCUCCGUCCAGUCCGGUCCAACUCUCCGUGCUACAACGCACUUCGCCAGACACGCCGCGAUCUCCUGAUCUUUCCACACAAUAAAACUGUUCAGACCUUGAUCAGCUCUGUCCGUGUGUCCUGCUUUUGGGUGCCAAGUUCGUUCCACAUAACACCCAUCCAGGAUUUAAAUAUCAUAAGCACACUAGAGGGAUUCACAGGAAAUUAUACAUGACAGGACAUGAUGUGGAAGACAAAAGCUGUAGUGCAUGUGUGUAUUUCACAUAAUGCGGAAGAAACUGCAACUGGCUCUAGCUUUAUAGUUAACAUUCAGACAAAUAUUUCCCAAACUAUUAAACUAUUCCUAUGUUAACUUCAGUCUGUCAUUACCACAUUGAAAGGGGAGAUGUAAGUAGAAUUAAGAUAAACCAGUGAGUUUCAACGUAUGUGCCAGGGAACCUGCUCUUUGUCACUAAACGAGGACAGUUCACUGUACUUGUUUUCAGAGUUCCUUGCACACUAUAAUUAUGCCAAAAUAUCACAAUUCAGCUAGAAAAGCCAUAGUAAUGAUUCAGAUGGAAGGUGUUGCACUUAUAAUUUCAUGCCAUUUACUUUGACUAAGGAUGAAUUAUCUAACGCUAUUGUGACAUCUGUCUAAUUAACUUGUGAAAGAUUCAGGUUAAAAUGCCCUACAAAUGAUGAGUGUUAUGCCCUUUAAAAAAGUGAAAUCAUCAGGCCGUGGUGGAUAUGAAGAGGCAGAUGAAGAUGCUGAGAAUGAAGUACACUGAUGUUGACAGAGUAAUCGAAGCUAAAGCCUGGUUGUCAGAGUUGUGGGCCGGGAUCGGACUGCAGCGUGAAUCAUAGUAAUUGGCUCUUGUCUCAGCAGUGGAGAACAACAUCCAUUAACAGAGAGGCUUUAGAU